CUUCCUUGGCGAGAAACAAAAUCUCGAGAGAGAGAGAGAGAGAGAAGAGGGAGAGAGAGAGAGAGAAAAGAGUUACUGAGAAGAGAAGAAAACCUACUUUUGCAGUUUUCAUCCAUUAGAACGAUUUUGAAACCUAAUUUUUUUGCAACAAAAAGCUCCGAUUCUGAAAUUUGUUGAGAUUUCUCCACUGGGAGGGCUUCGAAAGACUUCUUCGUCUGUUGUUGUUUGUGAUGAUCGUGGAUUAAAGAUGGUAGCAGGAGCAGAGGUUGUUUGUCACCAAAGCAUUUCUGUUUUGGAUGUCCCGUACCGCAUCGGUAAGGGAAGCAAUAUUCAGAAGAUUGAUGACAUCGUCGUCGUUUCCCCACCAUCGCCGCCUUUAAUUGACCAAAUUCGUGCUCCGGAUUCGGUUUCCACCGAUAUUUCGCGCUCCGAAGGGGAUGCGAGGACAUUGAGCACUGUUUCAGAUGAUGCUAUCGAAUCUUCCAUUCUCCAGUUUGUUCCAAGCCUCCGUUCUGGUAGCUUUGCUGACAUUGGGCCUAGGAGAUUCAUGGAAGAUGAACAUAUACGGAUUGAUGAUCUUUCUACACAGUUGGGGUCGCUCAUCAGAUGUCCUAAGCCAAGUGCCUUCUAUGGGGUGUUCGAUGGUCAUGGAGGCCGUGAUGCAGCGGCAUAUGUAAGGAAGCAUGCAAUAAGGUUCUUCUUUGAAGAUGCAGAUUUCCCAGAUUUAUCAAAGGAUGCUAAUGAUGUUUUCUUAGAAGAAGUUGAAAAUUGCUUUCGAAAAGCAUUCCUUCUAGCUGACCUUGCGUUGGCGGAUGACUGCACAGUUAGUAGCUCAUCAGGCACAACAGCACUCACUGCCCUUGUCCUUGGAAGGCUUCUGCUAGUAGCUAAUGCUGGGGAUUGUAGGGCAGUCCUUUGCCGGAAAGGAGAAGCAAUUGAUAUGUCUCAAGACCACAAGCCCAUCUAUCCAUCAGAACGUAGGCGUGUGGAGGCACUGGGAGGUUUUGUUGAUGAUGGGUAUCUCAAUGGUGUCCUAUCUGUCUCCCGGGCUUUGGGAGAUUGGGAUAUGAAGUUACCACGGGGUUCUUCCUCACCACUUAUUGGGGAGCCGGAGUUCCGGCAGGUGGUCCUCACAGAAGAUGAUGAGUUCCUCAUAAUUGGCUGCGAUGGCAUUUGGGAUGUCAUGUCAAGUCAACAUGCCGUCAGCGUUGUUCGCCGUGGACUACGUCGGCACGAUGACCCAGAGAAAUCUGCCAGGGACCUGGUCAUGGAGGCCCUCCGUCUCAACACCUUUGACAACCUUACUGUGAUUGUUGUUUGCUUUUCCUUGCCUGACAAUCAAAGAGAACCGUCUCCACCAAGACAAAGGAGAUUGAAGUGCUGUAGCCUCUCUGCGGAGGCCCUAUGUAGCCUGAGGAACUUGCUGGAUAACAACGGAGGCUGUUGAGUUCACUGUUUCAAAAAUCAGAAUUGGAUCAGUUCCUAUCGGAAUUGGCCAUGGUUGAUCUGGCCAUUUCGGAUUGAAAUUGACAGAGACUUACUGAUUCAAUACCUGAUUCUGAUUUUUAUAACACUGGGAGUGUAAAUAUGACACUAUAUUCAUUGAAACUAUCUCAGUGAGGAGAUGUGUUUCCGUUUUGUGGCUGCUUCAGAUAGGAAAAAGCAGCCAGCAGUUUUGUAGGAGCGGGUUGGAGUCACGUUAUUGGCUGUGUUUUUAUAACCUUGUUAGUGUUGUUGCUUAUGAUUAUUGUAAAUAUUUAUUAAGAGGUGGACUGAAGGGGAGUGAGCAUCUCCAUUGUCUGUAGUUGUCUAAAACAAUUCUAUUUCACAUUCGUUAGGUAAAUUGGGGUGGGCCCGAUGUAUUAGACUCCAACCCCUCCGCCUGUUUGCUUUGUUCAGCUUCUUCAUAUACGUAUAUAAUUCAUUUUUCUGUUGCUA